AUGAAGUUUCUGCUGAUUAUAAGAUUGCUUCAAAACAAGACCAUACUCCAUCAAUCAUUGCUUUAUAGAAGACAAAACAUACCACAAUUAGAAGGCUCAUCAAUUGAAAAAGCUUUAAAAGGUGGUAAUACCGUUCAUGAAGUUGCUGAUGCCCAUGUUAUUAUUGAUUCAACAGGUUCAGAAGUCUUAAUUGCAAUUAAUUCCUCUGAAAGAUCAAAAGAAUCAGGUAUUAACACUCGUGUUGUUUCAUUACCAGAUUUCCAUACUUUUGAUAGACAACCAAAAGAAUAUCAAUUAUCUGUUUUACCAGAUGGUAUUCCAAUCUUAUCUGUUGAAGUUUUAUCAACCUCAGGUUGGGCUAAAUAUGCUCAUGAACAAAUUGGUAUUGAUAGAUUCGGUGCUAGUGAUGAAGCUCCAGAUGUUUAUGAAUUCUUUAAUUUUACUCCAGAAGGAACUGCUGAUAGAGCUGUUAAAGCUAUUGAUUUCUAUAAAGGUUCUAAACACUUCUUAAUUGAAGUUAAAAAUCCAUUUUUUUGUUAA